AUGUCAACUACCUUUCCAGGUCUCGUCCACGAUGCAGAGAUACGUCAUGACGGAUCAAACAGUUACCGUUUGAUGCAGCUUGGAUGCCUGGAGUCUGUGGCCAACUCGACCGUCGCCUAUUCCUCCUCAUCUCCUCUCACUUACUCUACCACGGGCACCGAGUUCGCCUCCCCGUACUUCUCCACUAACCACCAGUACACCCCGCUGCACCACCAGUCCUUCCACUACGAGUUCCAACACAGCCACCCGGCAGUCAACCCCGACGCUUACUCCUUGAACUCUCUCCACCACUCCCAGCAAUAUUACCAGCAGAUCCACCAUGGAGAACCCACUGAUUUUAUCAACCUGCACAAUGCGCGGGCACUCAAGUCCUCCUGCUUGGACGAGCAGAGGAGAGAGCUGGGGUGCUUAGAUGCUUACCGCCGCCACGACCUGUCUCUUAUGAGCCAUGGAUCCCAAUAUGGGAUGCAUCCAGAUCAAAGACUCCUGCCAGGACCAAGCCUCGGGCUUGCAGCCUCGGGAGCAGACGAUUUGCAGAGCUCAGUGGAGGCCCAGUGUGGACUUGUACUCAACGGGCAAGGAGGUGUGAUAAGAAGAGGUGGCACCUGCGUUGUCAACCCCACCGACCUGUUCUGCUCCGUUCCUGGCCGCUUGUCUCUGCUCAGCUCCACUUCCAAGUACAAAGUGACCAUCGCAGAGGUGAAAAGGCGCCUUUCACCACCAGAAUGCCUCAACGCUUCCCUCCUCGGAGGAAUUUUGAGAAGAGCAAAAUCCAAGAACGGAGGACGCUGCUUGCGAGAAAAAUUAGACAGACUUGGACUGAAUUUGCCUGCAGGAAGAAGAAAAGCAGCAAAUGUCACACUCUUGACUUCCCUGGUAGAAGGGGAAGCACUACAUUUGGCCAGAGAUUUCGGCUACACCUGUGAAACAGAGUUCCCUGCCAAGGCAGUAGGAGAGCACAUUGCCAGACAGCACAUGGAACAGAAAGAGCAGACAGCGAGGAAAAAGAUGAUCCUAGCGACAAA